AUGACGGGUCUUACAUCCGCAUUAGCUGGAGGCGCUGAAACAAAUGUGGAAAAAUCACUGUACGAUGGCACCAUCGUAUCAUAUCAUCUUAAUGGUGCAGACCGUAUCAUUAGUUGCACUGGUAUGGUCGACUCGAUCGUCGACGUCGCAGAAGUGCUGGCAUGGCUUGGAUCCGCUCUACGUGAGGCCGGGUCAACGGGCAAGAUAGCCUACAUCACGCCGCAUAUAUCCUGCGCCUCCAAAACCGGAAAGCCAUUCACAAAUCCUGAUCCAUCUGAGAAGACCCGGUUCGUAUUGCGAUUUGAGGAGCAAGACACGGAAUACCGGGAAACGGAAGUUGCCAACGGCCUUUGUUGGUUUGGCCUUUUCGGAAAUCCUGUCAUAGCGAAGGGUUUUCCUGUCCUGCGACGCGGUCACGACUUUGACGGCUUGGAAAUCCCGCUACCCGUCAUGGCAUAUCUGGCUGAUGCUAACAAGCUGACCCUGUUCAACAACCAGGUUCUCCUCAAGGGGUUUAACGUGGCUCUGGUCCCUUCCUCUCGUUCGGGGGACAUUAUUGCUUGGCACUUUGUCAUAAACAGAACCGGAGAGCGGUUGCCUUACUACGAUGAUCGCAUUUCGAAACUCAAGACGCAAGAUGAAUCAAUUUCGAUGUGGAAUGUACACGGUUCACGGCACGUUCUUGGCUGGACAUCCGAGGCAUCAUGCAAUAUCGGCUCUCCUGACGCCAACUACCAUAAUCUAUGGACCGACCCGGACUUCGUGCGUCCUGGCUUUGUGUUGGAGAAAUUCAUUGUACAAGGGGGCCCAGAUUUCCUCACCUUUGGUGUCGAGAUAGCAGUGGGGAAGAAAGACCCAUCACCUGCCAUCAGGCGUGGAAAGGAUAGUUACCUCGAAAGUCUCGAGCUACUCGAAAACGAGUACAUUGUUCUCUAUGACACCGGUACCCGUCAAGCCUGGCUUUCAAAUGGGGUUAAUGCUUUAUUGCACCUCGUCAGGGCAUCACUCAAAGAGAACCUCGUAGGCUCGUCCAGCAGACACUAUGUCUUCACCGAUUCGAAGCUCCGCGAGAGCGCGGAUCCCUGCAGCUCGAGGGCGGCACUGGACGUGCUCGAGGAUGAAGACAAUCUGCAAAUGCCGAUAUUACGGCCAGUGUUUCGGGGAACUAGCCUGGCAAGCGGCCGGUCUGAAAGCCCAAGCUUGUUCAUCGACCGGGUGAACCAAAUCCGCCUCUGUCUGGAACAGCUGCUGGAUUUCCAGGCGCAGGUCAACACCCCGGGAAUGCCGUUACACCUCGCACCCAGGAGCCAGCUUGAGGGGUAUGUCUUUAUGGAUAUUGCCACUAGACAACGCCCUAAACCACGGUUUGUGAAUCUGAGACAGUCCAAGUUCAGCGGUAACUCGUGGGUGGACUUCACAAGGACCAUUGGGGCCAUUACGCUCUUCGGGCACGGGUUCGGCAAUCUCAUCACCCCAGCACCAGGACUGGCGGGGUUGUGCGAUAACUGGCGCCUCCUGCCAGAGGGCAAAAACUUCCUCGCCGUCAGCACUUACGAUCUGAUGAACAUCUUGAGAAAGAGAGGACCACAGGACGCACGUCACUUCAAGCUGUGUACAGGUCUCUUCUGGCACAGGCCGGCGGAGCUAUUUGAGGAUUGCGUCUGCAAAAGCAGGCUCAACUGGGGCCUCCAGCGACCCUGCGACAAAGUCCAAGUCAUCUUACCCGCGACCUCUUUGAGGAAGCUCGGUGGAACAACUCCACCCGGUCCACUUGAUCCUCGCGGUGCCGUCAUCUUUGGCCACAGCUCGCGGUUUCCAUGGAGGCUACCGGACAAAGGCGACAUCGAGAAAGACAACGAGCCGGAACAAGUUACGGACGACUCGCAAGGAAGUGUUUCUGUAACUAGAGUCUCGUCUCCUUCCAUCUUCUCUUCACCCCCUAGUCAGGAUGCUUCGACCGUACCAACACACGAUACCUCUCAAACCGGAAUCACAACGCCACUAAAUAUGGAAAAGGCAGACAGUUAUCAAGAUCCGCAAACAAUGCGGGAUGAUCCCAUGGCUGUGGACGGAAGCGAGGUUCUUGCCAAGGAAUCUAACAGAUCUGUUAAACGAAGAUGGCGGACCUUCAUGGAAUGGACCGGUUCUUCGGGACAAGCCUCAGGCAGUGGCAAUAAUUAA